AGCUUUCGUACCUCAACCCGAACACCAAGGUCAGCGCAAGGAGGAAAUGUUGUAUAUAUAAUCAACAUAGGAACUAAAUAUUAACAGUGGAUCCUGAACCACAAUCAGAACUAAAUCCUCCUCCCGACUUCCUGUAAAAAAAAAAAAAAAAACGAUAUCAAAUUAAAGGGAGUUUUGACCGCCGAGGGAGUUUACAUAAAAGGCGUGGCUAAGAACCGGUAUUCCUGCAGGCACUCUUCAAGCGCCAGACCACGUCAGGUUCUGGUAAGAGUCGUAACUGGUGGUCCGUCGUGCUGGUAGCGAUGGUGGCCUUGGGGAAAGUCGUCAGUAUGGUCGCACUGGUGAUCUUAGUAACCAUAGGAAUUCUGGUACCUGUUCAAGGAUCAACCUGCACGACCCCCGAUUCCGCCAGAGGAACCUGCAGGAAGGUCCACGACUGCCGCGCCCUGAGGAACCUGGUGGACUCCGCCUUCAGGACCAAGAGGCCCCAAGACGUGUCCCUCCUUCGCCAGUACGUCAACAGCUGUGGCUUCGACCGCCAGAACCUGACGGUGUGCUGUCCGGAGGCGGCGCAGAAGCCUCUCCCCGAGGUAGCUCCGGAGGUCAUGGCGAAGCUGAAUCAAUGCGGCGUGAGAGCCUUGACGGACAAGAUCAACCUAGGAGUCGACGCGCAACUCAAUGAGUUUCCUUGGAUGGCACUGCUCCGGGGAAGAGUGGGAGGCAGAGAAGCCUGGCACUGCGGGGCGGUUCUCAUUCACCCCCGUUACGUGCUCACCGCCGGCCAUUGCGUCAGAGACCCCAAUAUACCAAAUCUUUCUCUCCUGGGCGUGCGCCUUGGGGAGCUCAACCUCACGACGAACCCGGACUGCUACCUCGGCCUCUGCAACUCGGUGGUGGACGUGAGCGUGGAGCAGAUCCUCGUCCACCCCGAGUACAAUAGAGACUGCCUCGCUUGCCACGACUUGGCGCUCGUCAGGCUGAGUCGCCCGAUCGAGAACCUUCUGCCCCGUAUAUACCCGAUCUGCCUCCCUCUGGAUCCUGAAGAAGACUUCGGUGGUAGUGUUGACGCCCUUCAGAACUCUCGUGACUUGGGCCUGAUCGCUGGCUGGGGCUCCGUCGCGGGAGAUCCGUUCAACGCCCAGCUGCCGACCGUGCUGCAGAAGGCUCCGGUGCCCCUCAUGCGGACGGCUUUUUGUGACGCCCUCCAGCAGAGGUACCCUGACCCUUCGUCUACCCUUUGUGCGGGCGGCGAGGGCCCAAUCACGUGCAAGGGGGACUCGGGAGGUCCUCUUAUGAUUGACAAUGUCUCGAGGACGCGGUGGUACGUCUUGGGCAUCACCAGCAAAGGGCCCAGGACAUGUGGCGCCUCGAAUGCGCAAACGCUGUUCACGAACGUCCACUACCACCUGCCCUGGAUCCUCUCCAACCUCAGGCCGUAACUACUGGUGAAGCCGCCGGGUAUUGAAAUAAUAAUAAUAAAAUAAUAUAUGUCUUUGCCAGGUAAUGAACUAGAUGCGAAAAGAUUUCAUUUAAUAAAUGAUGCACUCAUUCAGACUUUCUGCUCCAUUAGAAUAUGUGAUGUGCCUUGAAGAAAAAAUGAUGGAAUAGAACUACGUCUCAUA